UUUACGCUCUUUCCGAAUGUGUUUUAUCGAUCAAACGAUUCAAAUCGGACGAAUGCCGACGCGCGGUGGUAAACGUACUGCCAUCUACGAUUGACGUGUCUCGUUUUUCUCUCUUUCAUCUUUUGGAACGCGGAUGGCAGUGCUCCCUGUGUAUAGCGCGAUUGUAUAGAAUUAUCUGCAUCCUCCACCAAGUUCCGCGGGCUCCUUUUGUGAUUGUAUGAGAAUCAUUGGUUUCACGUCGAUAUUCAGCCAAGAUUUCCCUUUUAUCGGAUAAAAUCUAUCUUUGUGAAAGGAACAGAAGUGCCUCUCGUUCAUAUCCAUGAUAAGAAGAUAACGUGCAAUAAUAAUUCAUUAAAUUCGUUAAUUACGGAUCAUAUUGUUAAUUAAGGGAAACUAGGGAACUUCCUCACGCUGGGUUGUCAAAACUGACAUUAAAAAUGGCACCCUCCUUCUAUCGCGAAAGUGUAAUCAAAUAGAUGGUUGUAAUAAGUACGGUUUAUGGUGGGUGACAUGUGAAAAAUAGACGAGGUUUCUGUUAACAAUUAUCUGAAGACUGAUAACGAUCACAUACGACGACUCUGGCUAGGCUCAUCUGACAUAUUUCAGUGAUACGUUUCCCAGAGCAUGUCUGCAAUGGCCGAUGAUCCUGCUGCUAUGCCGAGAAGGCGUCAAUUGCGUGAAAGAACGAGGAAGUAUUAUACAGAUGACUGGACACUGGGAGAUGAGGACAUUGAGGGUCGAAGGACUUUUCAACUUGAUGAAAAGAUUGUAUGUGACAGAUAUGACUUGUGUAAUUUUGCUGGACUUUUUCGCGAGAUGACGGGUUCUGAACUAACCCUCAAUUACCUUCAAAAACACGGUCUCGUCAUACCUUUGCUAUUCAAAGACAAAACUGGACUGGGUCUGCGUGUACCGAGUUCAAACUUUUCCAUAAACGACGUGAGAACUUGCGUGGGAUCAAAGCGUAUUUUGGACGUUAUGGAUGUAAAUACUCAGAAAAAUGAAGAUAUGACAAUGAAGGAAUGGCAAAAGUAUUAUGAGGAUCCAAACAAGGAUCGUUUGCUAAAUGUAAUAUCGUUGGAAUUUAGUCACACCAGGUUGGAAAACUACGUGCAAUCACCCACUGUCGUACGACAAGUUGAUUGGGUCGAUGUUGUAUGGCCGAGGCAUUUGAAGGAUGCGCAAGUCGAAGCUACGAAUUUGUUAGAGGAUAUGAUGUAUCCAAAAGUACAAAAGUAUUGUUUAAUGUCGGUCAAGGGUUGCUAUACGGAUUUCCACGUCGAUUUUGGGGGGACCAGUGUAUGGUACCACAUACUUCGUGGUGGAAAAAUAUUCUGGCUGAUACCUCCCACCGAAAAAAACCUCGCAUCCUAUCAGCAAUGGGUAUUAAGCGGCAAACAAUCAGAUGUAUUUUUUGGUGACAUGGUAGACAGAUGUGGCAGAAUCAGUCUCUCCGCAGGAAUGACAUUAUUCAUUCCGACGGGCUGGAUUCACGCUGUCUACACACCUCAGGAUUCUCUGGUUUUUGGGGGUAACUUCCUGCACAGUUUCGGUAUCGAAAAACAACUGAAAGUUGCCCAAGUUGAAGAACAUACAAAGGUUCCUCAGAAGUUUCGCUAUCCGUUCUUCACCGAGAUGCUAUGGUAUGUUCUGGAACGAUAUGUCCAUGUGUUGUUAGACAGAAGUCAUUUGGAUAUUCAGGAUGUGAGUCUGCAUCAAAUUAACAAACCUCAUCAACACGUGCAUCUAACACCGUUCGAAUUGCAUGGCCUGAAAGCGAUCGUCAUGUACCUGCAUUCCCUUCCUUCUACAAAGAAAAAUGUUCCUGAGCUCAUAAGGGAUCCAGUAGCACUGAUUCACGACGUUAGGUGCCUCGUGGAACAACAUAGGCAUGAUAAUCCCGAUGCAGCUGUCACAGGAUGUCCAGUACUGCCACCUCCACCAGCAAUGACCAUUGCCGACAGAGAACGUCUCCGAACCAACAAAAAGAGUUACACUAAGUUCCAACGGCAGCAAUCGCAAGACAAAUCGGAUGGUUUGAAGGAAAGUAAGCCAGGAGUUCCCCGAAGAAGACGUACUAGAUGCAAGAAAUGUGAGGCGUGUACUAGGUCAGAUUGCGGAGAAUGUGCAUUCUGCCACGAUAUGGUCAAGUUUGGUGGUACGGGUAGGGCUAAGCAAACAUGCCAUAUGAGACAGUGUUUGAGACCGAUGCUACCUGUGACAGCUGCCUGUAAAGUUUGUCUUCUCGACGGAUGGAAACUGCAACCAGCACCACUUAUGGGGAAACCAACGUCAACUGCGCCUUCAACUCUGAUGGAGUGUUCAGUUUGCUACGAUAUCGUGCAUCCAGAUUGUCUGCCAGAUGCUGGUCAAGGUGGACUGGCGAACGAGGAUCUCCCCAACAGUUGGGAAUGCCCUGAGUGUUGUGAAAGCGGUAGACACCUCGACUACAAACCCCGACAUUUCAAAGCGCGUUCUCGAAAAAUCUCUGUUUCCAGUGGAGCAUCUUCCGCACCUACCACUGACUCCGAGAGGGCUACGACUCCCAGUAAACGACAUCGAUUGGAUCCAACUGAGCCUUGGAACGACCGGGAACCAGCUGAAGGCGAACAGCGUACGGCAUUACGUACACAGCUGGCUAUACAGUUGACAGGUUCGACUAGUAAAUCGUUAAAGAGGCCGCACGUAGUAGUAAGGCCUAUGCAGCUACCCCCAGCAACGAAAUCCAGAUCAGACGUCAAUGGCCAGGUUUUAGUAUAUGACAAAACAGCGAUGCUGGCUGUGUUUAGGUUCUUAAGUAUGAAAGAUUUAGCUAAUUGUGCAUCGGUCUGUAGAACGUGGGCUCGGUUCAGCGUCGAUCCAACUUUAUGGAAACGAAUGGAUAUGGCUCACAUGCGUUUGCUCGCCACCCAUUUAACAGGUAUUGCUCGGAGACAGCCCGAGAACUUAUGUCUUGAUUGGACAAACGUUACAAAAAGACAGUUGGCUUGGCUGCUGGAUAGACUGCCCCAACUGAGAAUUUUAUCUCUACAUGGUUGUGCUUGGUCCAGUGUAUGUGCACUGAAGACUUGUGCGUGCCCUCCGCUAUUGAGUCUUGAUUUGAGUCACGUUUCAGGUCUGAAUGAUGCUAGUUUAAGAGAAGUUUUAAGCCCUCCCACCGACUCCAGACCAGGUUUAGUUGACAAGACAUCACGUUUAAAACAUUUAAAAACUCUCUCUCUGGCUGGCUGCGAUAUAACUGACAUAGCGCUGAGAUAUAUCGCUCAACAUUUACCGUAUAUCGAAUAUUUAGACUUAUCGUCAUGCGGAAGAGUUUCAGAUGCCGGUGUUGCUCAGCUAACUACGGCUCCAGCUCAAAUGCUCUCCAAUUUGAUUUCUUUGAACCUGUCCAACUGUAAGCUUCUGACGGAAGCCACUCUUGAUCACCUUAGCAGGUGUAAAGCAUUGAAAAGGUUAGACCUAAGACACAUCACUCAAGUUUCUACGCAAGCUGUUAUCAAGUUUGCUGCUAAAAGUGUACACAACUUACACGUUACCGACGUUAAACUUGUUGAGGAAAAGGUGAACAAGUAAAAGCUCGGUGGCUGUUAGUCGUAUAAGAUCCGUUGUAUUUUUACGCGUAUGGAAUUUUUUUUUAAAAUGAUAUGUUAUGAUUUAUAUGCACAUCGCGAACCGAACACUUUUUCCCACAUCUUCUCAUGAUCAUCACAAAUGUCUUUUUUAAUGAAGAAUAAUAGUCGCAAAAUAGCUGCUAACGAGUUUUUUUUUUUCAAGUUAUGUAAAUUAUGAUAUCUGUUAUGAAGAUUAUUCCUCAGUUGUAUUCCUUCCUUAUUUGAUCCCGAUGAUUGUGAAAUGAAAAAAAAAAUGGCUAAUGGACGCUGUAAUCGUGAAUCGAGAUACAAAUACUUAUUUGUAUGAAAGUGUGAUCAGUAGACUGUAAUCAAAGAACUUAAAACUUAAGUUCAUAUUUACUCAUUAAGGUAUCAAACAGUGAUAUACAUAUGUAUACUUAUGUUGUAUUUAGCAUUCGUUGUUAGAAACUUAAGUAUUACGCCAAGUGGUUUCUACGGAUCAAAGUAUCCGAUGACCAGGUUAAUCUUUUCUUUUUAAUUAGUUUAAAAUGUAUUUAUAAAAAGAAACGUGUAUUUUAACAUUCAAGUACCUAAUCCCAGAUGAAAAUAAUUAUAUCUUGAUUCAGUUUUCAACCAUAUAUAGCUUACUUGCCAGAGCACAUAAUCUACAAGAGUAUAAUAAAGCAUGUGUUUACAUGCAUUGGUUGCAUUGAAAAACUUACCAUUCACCACUGACAGAAUCAACAUUGUUUGAUUGGAAAAUAUUAUUUUAAUAACUAAUGCAAAAGCAAGCAAUUUAUGAUGUAAUACUAUGUAACGUCUCUAACUUAUAAAUAGACAUAGCAAUACCUUGGUUCC